CACACAAUAUACAUAUAGAGAUAGAAAUUUUUGAAUUCUACGCUUGUGGUGACGUUGCUUUGGAGACAAUUUUUUAUUGGCUCUGUACAAUAUAUACAUGCGUACAAGCUUGGCUCUCUUAUAUUCGCAGGUAUGUGCGUAUAUACCGUAUGAUAUAAAGGGGAUUCUAAAAUCCUCGAGCGUACCGAUGUCCUAUGCGACGUUGGAUUAGUAUAGUAUAUGUGUGUGAGUGACAUGUAUAUACCAAGUAAAUCCAUUGAUUUGUUUAAAACUUUGACGAAACGAGCGACAACCUGAUGAUUAUCGCGAGAAUAAAGCGCUACGCCAGCGACCGAGAUCUUUUUAUAAAAAACUCCAAAAUUUUCUAACCGAUAACUGCGAAUGUGCAAAAAGUUUAUGUCAAGGUGGGUCGGUCAGAGAUAACUGUAAAAUGUCAUUGACGAAUGUGUGUCAGGCAUGGAGUUGACGCUCCUCGAUGACACUUGUGGAAACAAUCGACUUGAAAAUCGCGCAAUUUUUAAUUUAACGUGACUCUAAGGAAUAUCGACGCAAUCCGUAAAAACAAUUGUUUUUCUGCAAAAAUGCAUCAAAUACUCGCCGAGCAAUACCAAGAGAUCUACCACGUUUUUGACAGAUGUUUCAGUUAACGACAGAUAUAGGAUUGCUCCUGAAUUUUCUAAUCAGCUUCACAUCCAUGUAUAAAAUAAAAACUGUUAAAAUCAUGGAGGGACCAGAAGUUACAUUUCUAUUUCAAUUUGGUUUAACUCGUGAUACAGUUACCGUUGAAGCUAGUACAUUGACACUUAAGGCUUUAAAAGAUUUUGCGUGUAACUUUAUAAAUGCCAAGUGUCCAGAUCAUGGGUUAAGUCAUCUAUACGAGAGAUUGCUUCUGUUCAAGCACGAUUAUAGUUCUACAAAUAUUUUACAACUUAUAACUAAUGCAAUGGAGGUUGUAGAUGAAACACUAGUAGAAAUUGUUCUUACUGCUCAAGUGCCAAGUGAAGAUGUUCCCAUUCGUCCUCAUGCUUUAACGGUUCAUUCUUAUAAAGUUCCAACAUUUUGUGAUUUUUGUGGAGAGAUGUUAUUUGGUCUUGUGCGACAAGGUCUUAAGUGCGAAGGUUGUGGUAUGAAUUAUCAUAAACGUUGUGUUACUAAAGUACCUAAUAACUGCUCGCAAGACAGCAGCCAAAGGCGGCGUAGUUCUGCAAUGUUGAAUGUGCCAAGAUCACCGAGUCAAGGUUCCACGAGCAGCUUGACCAGCAUUAGUGAUGACAAUCAUAGUGCAAAUAACACAUCUAAUCCAAAUCAAAGUAAUAAUACUUUGGCAGUUCCAAGUAUAGUUACUCCAAAACAAUCUCGUUCUCCAUCAUUGAGUGGAAAAACAAUUUGGGUUGAGAAAGAAGUUGCAACUCGUAUAAAAAUUCCACAUACAUUUGUACUGCAUACAUAUACGCGACCAACAGUAUGCGGUCAUUGCAAAAAAUUAUUAAGGGGCUUAUUCAAGCAAGGCCUACAGUGUAAAGAUUGUCAAUACAAUGCUCAUAAAAAAUGUAUUGAAAAAAUUCCAAAAGAUUGUAUCGGAGAAAAUCCACGUGAUAGUACUGGCAACGAGUAUCCUGAUAGCGGUGUUGGUAGUGAGCCAGAAGGUAAAUGUGAUGGUAGAAACGAAGAAGGAGACGGAGAUAGUGAUACAGAAUUACUUUUGCCCGUUAAAAUGUCUACGUACAUAACGGACGAAAAUAAAGCACCUGAUGAGUAUACAGAUCACAUACCAACGAAUGAAGAUGUUAAUUAUGACGAAUUCCAAAAAUCUAGACCAUCUAGUUGCAGUUCUACUCCAAGUAACAACAUUCCAUUAAUGCGUAUAGUUCAAAGCGUUAAGCAUACGAAAAGACGUGGUUCAAAAGUUUUGAAAGAAGGUUGGAUGGUACAUUUUACGAAUCGCGAUCCAGUGAGAAAAAAACAUUAUUGGCGACUUGAUACAAAGGCUAUAACGCUUUUCCAAAGUGAUAGUAGCUCUAAAUAUUAUAAGGAAAUUCCACUUGCUGAAAUUCUGUCGAUCGAAACAGCUAAAAUACUUCGUUCGCAUAUAAUGCAUUGCUUUGAAUUAAAAACUUCAACCGUUGAUUAUUACGUUGGAGAAGAUCCAACAUAUGGUGAUAACAAUGGUCAAGUUCCAGCACCAGAAAGUGGCAUAGGUGUACAUGUAGCUAGAUCAUGGGAAACUAAUAUUAGACAAGCACUUAUGCCUGUAACUACAGCUUCCACUAUUGCAGACCAAGAAGAUUCUACAGAACCAGAAGAAAAUGUAACCGACAUGUCGCAACUUUAUCAGAUAUUUCCAGAUGAAGUUUUAGGAUCAGGACAAUUUGGUAUAGUUUAUGGUGGUGUACACCGUAAAAGUGGUAGAGCAGUUGCUAUUAAAGUUAUAGAUAAAUUACGUUUUCCUACGAAACAAGAAGCACAACUUAAGAACGAAGUGGCUAUUUUACAAAAUCUAUCUCAUAGCGGUGUCGUCAAUUUGGAGCGUAUGUUCGAGACGCCAGAAAGAAUAUUUGUCGUUAUGGAGAAAUUGAAAGGUGAUAUGUUAGAGAUGAUACUGAAUUCGGAAAAAGGGCGUCUAAGUGAAAGAAUAACGAAAUUUCUCAUCACUCAAAUUCUGGUUGCGUUGAAGCAUUUGCAUAGUAAAAACAUAGUUCAUUGCGAUUUGAAACCUGAAAACGUUUUACUCAGUAGUGACAAUGAAUUUACUCAAGUGAAACUCUGUGAUUUUGGUUUCGCACGAAUCAUCGGAGAGAAAAGUUUUCGAAGAAGCGUUGUCGGAACACCAGCGUAUUUAGCUCCUGAAGUUUUGAGAAAUAAGGGCUAUAAUCGUUCUUUGGAUAUGUGGAGCGUAGGAGUUAUUAUAUACGUAUCUUUAAGCGGUACAUUUCCAUUCAACGAGGAAGAGGAUAUCAACGAACAAAUUCAAAAUGCUGCAUUUAUGUAUCCACCUACGCCUUGGAAAGAAAUUUCAUCCGAUGCUAUUGAUUUAAUCAACAAUUUAUUGCAAGUAAAGCAAAGAAAAAGAUAUACGGUAGAUAAAAGUUUACAACAUGUAUGGUUGCAGGAUUAUCAAACGUGGUGCGAUUUAAGAGAACUGGAAACAAAAGUAGGAUACCGUUAUUUAACUCACGAGAGCGAUGAUGCACGUUGGACGGCAUAUGGUGAUCAUUGUACAUGACAGAACCAUCCGCCUACUUUAAACAUCGAAUCAUUGCCAAUCCCUUUGCCAAUACACAAAGGCUGGGUUCGUUGUGCUCGAGCAACGUUGCGACGAUUCAUUCGUGCCUGAAUUGAAACAAGUGCAUGCAAAGUAGAGUAUAUAUCAUCUUUCGCUUUAAAUGUAUCUAUUUCGUUAUGAUAGAGAUAUCAUAGUUAUUAAUCUACCGAUCUUAAAAAUACAUAUUACAGAUAUCACAUUUAAAAAACUUUAUUCAAACGUAUAAUGUUGAAUUAAUAGAUAUAACAAUAUUGUGAGACAAACGCGUCAAAAGGCCUUUCCAGUCUUCACACGAUACUUGUUUUUAUAAUAUAAUCGUCUCUUCAUAAAAUUUUUCUAGUAUUCGAUGUUCGACUAAUCGUAAGAAAAUCACGUUGCGAUAAAUUUGAAAAUUAAUAUUAUUGAAACUAAGCUUUCAGCCUUACGUUGUUACGCGUGUAUUGAUAUAAAAGUAGGUUUCAAAGCGAAAUACGCUAGUAUAUAAUUUUUCAAGUAUUACACGAUCAAAAACAGUUACUUCGAAACGACUGGAGCGUAAAGGAGAAAAAAAAAGAAGAGAUCUAUUUGUACAAAUUUUUUGAAAGAGGAGUCAAUAACUUUGAAUUCCCUUUGAACUCGUAAUACAACAACAUUCCUCAUCGAUCUUUGUAAGUAUAACUAUUAAUAAAGUAUAGCAAAAGAUAAUAUUUGCAUGUAAACUAUCAAAAUGCUCAUAGCAUUUAUAGAAAAAUGAAAAAUGAAUGUAGAAACGCAAUAGUUUCUACAUUGCAUAUAUUGUUACAAUAUAUUUCUUACUGCUUGCUACAUAUAAUUCUAUUUGUUAAUUAUUAAUUAUAUACAUAAAAUAUAUCUAUGUAGUACAUUGCACAUGUUACGUGCAUGCAAGCAUUGCAUUUGUAUAUUUAAACUAUUUAAAGUGUUGAAAAAAGAAAACAAGGAAAAACAGUUUUGUAAGUCCAUAAAAAAUAUAUAAAAUAUAUACUUAUCUCACAUGAAUUAGAAUUGCAUGGUAUUUAACUGCCAAAUGAUUAUUUUUUUUGCCUUGCAAUUCUAUGUACCAAGAGAGUGAUACUUUCGUAAUAUUUUUAUUAUUUGAUAGGUGAGAAAUUAAAUUGUUAAAAAAAGAACAUGAGAAUAUUUGAUCUUUCAUAUACAGAAUACAUGUAAAAGAAAUGUUUUCUUAAACUUUGCAUAACUUGCAUACGCGUUUACUUACGUAGCGUACACACAGUAUUUUUUAUUUACUUUUAUAUAACUUAAUAUUGAUUUACAAAUAUUGAGAUCUUUUAGAAUGCACACAAAUAUAUUUUAAAUUAAGAUUGGAUUAAAAUCUUAUAUGUUUUUAUUGAUAUAUAGUUAGUAAGUAUAGAUAAAUGAUAUAGAGCAUUAAUAUAUCGAUAAUAAUAUCAUUUAAUAUAUAUUUAUAAUACCCUAUGAUAUUAUGUACUAACAUUCUCAUUUUUACACAAAAAAAAAAAGAUCUUUUACUUUUCAUGCUUUUUUAUGUACUUUUCAAUGCUUUUAGGAUGAGAAUCUACAUAAUGAAACUGAGGAUUACAUGCUUAUAUUGGUUUGCAAAUUUAUAAAAUUUAUACGUGCAUAUACAUAUACAUAUGUGCCCACAUAAAAAAUUUGUAAUAUAAUGAGUAUAUUAAAUAUCUUAUAAAAGUUAAUUUUAUCUCAUUAAGAUGGUAUGAGAAAUAUAGCCGUAUUUUACGAUAAGAUUAAUGUUAAAUCGCAAUUAUGUAAUUUUUUUUAUACAACUAUAUCUAUCAGUGAAUUGUUACUCUUUAAAGAUAUAAAACGAACAUUCCACUGCAGAUAUAAUAAUAAACAAAUAAUAUUCCAUUUUAGUUUAAUCAGUAAAGAUAUAUCUUCUUUAGCACUUUACAAUGUGCGAAUUAAAUCCAUGACACUAUACAACAAUUAUAGAUUUUCCUUGAUUUAAAGAUCUACUUCAUUUAUUUAUUAUUAAUAAUUAAAAGUUAUUCUUAAGGAACAACGAUACAAGUAAUAUAACA